CACGGUGCAAGCAGCACUACGUUGUUGAACGCAUGAAGCUGUUGAGCGCAACUCUCUCCAGCAAGGGGCCGCGCCCCCCCCCCCGCGCUCAUGCGCCGGCCAUGUCGGCCGCGAUGGGCGCGGAGGACGCGGCUGCCGCAGCGAGGACGCUGCUGCACUCGAGCACCCCAGAGCGGCUGGCCGGGGCGCGCACCGCGGCGGUGUUGAGCGCCGUGCUGGGCAACCUGGCCCGCGCCCCCGGGGAGCCGCGGUACCGCGCCCUCGGCGGCCCUGGGCGCCCGAUGACCGCCACGGUGGCCAGGGCCCUCGGCUGCCCCGGCGCCGAGGCGGUUCUCCUGGCCGCGGGGUUCCAGCAGCGCCGGGACGGCGGCGGCACCGCCUGGCUCGAGGUCCCCGCCGAGGUGUCGGCGGCGGACGUGACCGCCGGGGCGCGGGCCGCGCUGGAGGGGCUCGGCGCGGCCUUCUUGGACGCCGCCCCGGCGGCGCCGUACGGCAAGGUGGGCCUCCGGAACCGGGGCAACACCUGCUUCAUGAACGCCGGGCUGCAGUGCCUCUGCCACGUGGCGGCGUUCGCGGGCUACUUCCUGAGCUCUCAGGGGGCAGAAAGCGCUUCUGUUGUGUUUCUGCCGUUGUCUGCUCCUCCGUGAGCGCCAGCCACGCCCUCGACUGCGAGGGCGCCAGCCAGGGCGGCCCCAAGGGGGAGCUGGCGCGCGCGGUGGCCGAGCUGCUGGUCGCGAUGUGGCAGGGCGCGGUGCGGCGCCACGACCCCGAGGCGUUGCAGCAGCGGCUGGCGGAGCUGGCGCCGCACCUGCUCGCGGGCGGCGAGCAGCAGGACGUGCAGGAGUUCCUCUCGUUCUUCAUCGACGGCCUGCACGCCGACCUCGACCGCGUGGCCUCCCCGCCCCCGCCGCUGAGCGAGGAGGACGAGCGGCGGGACGCGAGGCUCGCGGAGGAGAGGGGGGAGGAGUGGACGGCGGCGCUCGCGUGGAUGCGGCACCUCGAGCGCAGCAAGUCCUUUCUCGUCGACCUGCUGCAGGGCCAGGUGCGCUCCACGCUGAGGUGCACACGGUGCGGCCACAAGUCGCGUUGCUUCGACCCCUUCUUGUACCUGUCGGUGCCCGUCGCGCGGUCCACCCACACGCUCGACGACGCCAUCCGACUGUACCUCGACGAGGAGCUGCUCACGGGCGGCGACAGGUGGCGCUGCCCAAAGUGCGAGACGCUGGUGGACGCCACGAAGAAGAUAGACCUGUGGAAGUUGCCCCCCGUGCUGGUGCUUCACCUCAAACGCUUCGAGUUCGACCGGCGGUCGCUCCAGAUUCGUAAGGUUGACCACCGCGUCGACGUGCCGUUGGAGCUGAACCUCCUGGAGCACUGCUCCUCCUCCCAGAAGGAGGGCGCAGUCUACGAGCUCGCCUGCGUGGCGAACCACCGGGGCGCCUUCGGCGGCGGGCACUACACGGCCACCUGCCGGGUAGGAGAGGGCCCCGAGAGGCAGUGGUACUGCUUCGACGACGAGCGGGUGUUCCCUCUGCCGGCCGGCAGGCAAGUGGUGACCGAGGAGGCCUACGUCGUGUUCUUCGAGCUCCGCCCCAGCUCCCGGCCGCGGGAGGGCGCGGCGGCGGGCCGCCGGGCGCCCGCGCGCCAGUCGCUUGCGAGCCCGCAGGACUGGCCCCACCAGAUCGUGCGCAUGCGGACCCUGCAGAGCGCGGCGCGCGCCCGCGCGGGCGCGCCGGGCGCCGGCCCGCCCCCGCCCGGGCCGCGGGGCGCCGCCCCCAGCGCGCAGGCCGCGGGGGCGGCGGCAGCGGCAGAGCCCAGGGAGCCGCGCUCCGGCCGGGCCGCGGAGGAGGCGAAGGGCAGGGGGGCGGAGCCCGCCCCGCCGGGGCCCCUCGGCGAGCCGUCGCUCUCCGGCGCCCGGGGCUGCGAGGGCGGCGCAGACGGCGGCGGGCUGCUGGGCGCCUGGGUGCCGCCGCUCUUCGGCGCCCGCGGCUGCGAGGACGACGCAGAGGGCGGCGGGCUGCUGGGCGCCUGGCUGCACACCCGCGAGCCCUCGGAGGGCUCCCCCUGGGUGAGGCGCUGGUGCGUGCUGCACCGCGACGCCCUCCGCUUCAGCGUGGACUCGGGCGGCGUGGAGGAGGCGGGGGAGAUCGCCCUCGGCGAGGAGGUGGCCAUGGAGCGCCUCGAGGGCGGCAGCUGCAGCGCCCCGCGCGGGGCCCCGUACACGUUCCUGCUGCACCCCGGUGGCCCAGCCCAGGCGCCGUGCAUGCUGGCCGCGGAGGACGGCGAGACGUUCAGGGCGUGGCGCGUGGCGGUCGAGAACCUCGCGGGCCGCGGCGGGGCCGCCAGAAACGACGAGGUCUGCUGCGCGGCAUCGUGAGGGUCGGGCUGGCGAGGAGAGAAACGGC